AUGCCUAAAGCCAGUCAAACACCCUCUAAAGCUAAAUCAUCAACCAAGGUUGAAGCAAAACCAAAAAUCUUGAAGCCCAAAUUGAAGAAAAAUGACAAGCCUUUAAGAGAACCCACACCCACACCUGCUCCUUCUCCUUCGAUAUCCACUACCAUACCUACCUCAUCCUCCCCUAUACCUACUGCUGCUCUUGUUCCUAUCAUUCCCAUCUCCAUUGUACCCCCUCCUUCAAAAUCAACUACCCAUGCACCCGAGCCUCCUACGAAAGGUACCUCUAAGCCAGCUAAGGUCAAAGCAACAUCAAGAAAAUCUGUCAAGAAAAUUCCUGAGGAUGCUACACAGAGUGAUACUGGAGUCAAGGAAUUUGAAGAUGAUGAAUGUGGAAAAGUAGAAGAAGAUGUGACUAGUCAUGAGGAACAUGAUGCUCAAAACAUAGCCAAUAAAGCAGAAAAGAGUGAGAAUGAGGGAGUAUCUGGAGAUGAGAAGGAGAGUGAUACAGAGGUGAAGACAGAGACAAGGCCUCAAGAACCUGGGUCUUUAUUAACUCCUUUCAGUGGAGAUGAAGAAGUUAGCAGUGAUGAAGAUGAUAUGGCACUUUUUGAGGUAGGAAAGAAGUCCAGAAAGGCCACUGUGAAAGCUACAAAGGUAGUAGCCUCAACAAGGAAAGGAGUGGCUCCUCCUGCUAGAAAUCCCCUCACAAGGAGUAAAAGAAAGCUUGUUGAUGCACAAAUCAUGAAAGAAUCUAGAAGUACAAAGAAGCCAAAGAAGAAGGUUUCAAUUAUAGAACCUAUUUUUGAGUUGGAAGGAGAAGAGGAAUCUGACUCAGCUUUGCCAGCAGAGUCUGCUACACCAUAG